AUGGAUAUCGCCCUCGAAAUCUGGGACACCUUCAUUGGUGAUCGCCUCUACUCCUUCCUUCUCCCUCUGUCGUUCUCGUCCUCUGUCUCAAUUCCAGGGGUAAAUACGGCUGCCAAUAGCACACUGUCUCUUUUCGGUGCAUCCGAACCCUACGUCUAUGAACCGGCCACGCAACUAUUCUAUCUGGAGCCCAGCAAAUACGCCUACCUGAGCGCUUGGCCGAGGAACAACAUCUAUCGUCAGUUUCUCAGCUUUUUUCUGAUCGUCUGGAUCUUUGGUCUGAUUGUCUACUUCAUUUGUGCCACACUCUCGUACAUCUUCAUUUGGGACAAGACUACGGUUCGCCACCCCAAGUUCCUCAAGAAUCAAAUCCCCAUGGAAAUCGCGCAAACAAUGCAAUCGAUGCCGGUCAUGUCACUGUUGACGGCCCCCUUUUUAGUCGCUGAAGUCCGUGGCUACGCCAAACUCUACGAUACUUUUGAUGAGGAGCCUUUCCCCUACUACAGCGUCCUGCAAUUCCCACUAUUCAUUGCCUUCACAGAUCUUUGCAUCUACUGGAUUCACCGUGGCUUGCACCAUCCGCUAAUCUACAAGACACUACACAAGCCUCACCACAAGUGGAUCAUGCCCAGUCCCUUCGCAUCCCACGCCUUUCACCCGCUUGAUGGCUGGUCUCAGAGCGUCCCCUAUCACGUCUUCCCCUUCAUCUUUCCCCUUCAGAAACUUGCAUACGUCUUCCUUUUCGGGUUCAUCAAUCUCUGGACUGUACUUAUUCAUGAUGGUGAAUACGUGGCCAACAGCCCAGUCGUCAACGGGGCCGCCUGCCACACAAUGCAUCAUCUCUACUUCAACUACAACUACGGUCAAUUCACUACUCUGUGGGAUCGUCUGGGUGGCAGCUACCGGAAGCCAAACGAGGAGCUCUUCCGCCGCGAGACCAAGAAUGACCAGGAAGAAUGGAAGAGGCAAACGAAAGAGAUGGAGACCAUUCUCCAGACGGUCGAAGGCGAGGAUGAUCGGAGCUACUUGGCCGACGGAGAGACCAAGAAAAGACUGUAA